AUCUUGGUUUUGUGUCACCCAUUGGGCAUUGAGAUUACGUGUUGUUCGUUUGUACGUUUCACAGAAUGAGAAUGGUGAAGUGAAGGGCUUAGAAUGCAUCUUUCAUGAACGAGAAGGGGAAAUCAUGCGACAAUAAGGACUUUUCAAAUGGCACAGUAUAAAGAUCGAACUUUUGGAGGGAUCUAUAUAUGCGAUUCACAAUUUUAUUGUUGCAAUCGACGGAAAGAGAUACAAGACAACCAAAAACAGAUAUAAGCUUCUUUUUUUUCAAAAGACUCGGGUUUUUUAGUUCAAGGAUGAAGAAUUUUCAGAUUUUACUUGUAACUUUAAGCGUUUGGAGUCAUUGUUAACGACUAAUAUCUUGGAUGAGAGCGAGCUUUUUGUUAUGUUUUUUUCAUGUUUAUUUAGACACAUUACAAAUGAACACAAGUAGUGAGUGGACUAAUUAUUUUAAUUGAUAUAGAUGUGAUUGGUGUUGUUGUUUCCAAGCAAGAUGUCAAGCAAAUGACGGUUAAAGGUCAACUUCACAGAAUAAUCGAAUUUAAAAUCCAGGACAAUGAGAUGCACCAAAUAUCAUGUACUUUAUGGGAUGCAUAUGUGGAUCAAAUACUCCCUUAUUUGAAGAUAUUAUGAAGGUUGGUGGCGUCCAAUACAAUACUUUUCGUGAUACUUGCUAUGCUCUUGGUCUGCUAAAUGAUGACAAGGAAUAUAUUGAUGCAAUUAAAGAAGUGAGCUUUUGGGCAAGUGCACAUCGUUUGCGCAAACUUUUUGUUGCUUUAUUAAUUGCUAAUUGCUUGAGUAGAUCAGAAGAGGUUUGGGAGAAGUAUUGGACUUUUUUAUCUGAAGAUAUUGUUUACAAGCAACGUUUAAUGCUUAAUCAUUCAGAUCUGACAUUGACUGAAGAUGAGGUGAAGAACUUUACUUUGUUUGAAAUUCAAAAAUUGUUGUGCAGUUGCGGAAGGAGUUUGGAUGAAUAUAACACCAUGUCGGUUCCAGAUAAUAGAUUCUUAUCAAAUAACGGCAAUCGAUGGAUGUACAAUGAGCUAAGGUAUGAUCGUAAAAAGUUGGUUGAGGAGCAUGCAAAUUUGCUGGGUAAUUUGACUAAUGAACAAAGAGUUGUCUAUGAUACUAUAAUCAAGGCUAUUGAUGCUGAUAGUGGUGGAAUCUUCUUUGUGUAUGGGUAUGGAGGAACAGAGAAAACUUUUGUAUGGAAUACUCUUUCUGCAGCUAUACGUUCAAAAGGGGAAAUUGUAUUGAAUGUUGCAUCAAGUGGUAUCGCCUCACUUCUGCUGCCGGGUGGUAGAACUGCG